AUGUUUGUAAAACCCCUUCAGAUCCAGAGAAUCCAGCACCAGGAGCAGUGGAGGAAGUAUGCAGUAAGCAAACAGGCAUUGGAUAAAAAAUAUACAAAAAGUAACGAGCAGUUCCUCUACCACGGAAGAACCAAGGACAUCUGCCAGAAGAUCAACAAGAACGGUUUCAACCGCAGCUUCUCUACAAUGUAUGGAUGUGGAACUUACUUUGCCAAAGAGGCGUACUACUCGUACCAUGACCAGUACUCCACACCCGAUGGGAACGGUCACAAGUACAUCUACAGAGCCCGCGUCCUCACUGGCUUGCAGCAAGUUUGUGGUGACAAUGUGUUAUCACUACUUGUGAGCAGUGACCGUCCAAUCAAAGAGGACAUCCUUCGGUUGUACUUUGAGCAAUUUACCGAUGACAUUGAUAUUUGUAGAUAUGGAAAUAGUCAAUGGAUUCUCAAGCUAACCAGCCAGUCAGAUUUGAAGAAUGUCCUGGCCAAGAAGGAUCAUGACCUGGAGGGUUGCUUGAUGUCCAUACAGCUAUACAAUGAGAGAAAGGCAGAGGAGAGCCUUGAUCCCCGCAGGUUCAUCCUGAGUGGCUUCAGUGAGGAUUGCAAGUGCAGCCACCUCUCCGUCUUCAUCAAGAGCUGCAGCAAAGGGGCUGAGCAUUCCUGGGAGGCCCUGAAUGACGGAGAGAGAAUUGCAGUUACCUUCAAACAGGAUAUAGAUGUUCAGGCAUUUUUGAAGAAAUGCUCCUCAAAAAGACUUCAGAACUUGGAUAUCUCCGCCAGUCGUCUGGAGUACACAGACACUGUGCUGGUGGAAGGAAAUAUGGAGAACAUCUCAGAUGAGGUGCUCAGGGCAUAUUUUUCCAGCAGAAGUAAAGGAGGGCAAGUCAAAUGCAUGAAUUUGGACAAUAAACCAAAGAGUGUGCUAAUAGAGUUUGAUGAUUUUCAUGUUGCAAACAGAGUGGCCGAAGAGAAACACAAUAUUUGUGGAGUCAGCCUGUGUGCUUUGUUGUACUAUUCCAGUCUGCAGCAAGCCUUAAGAGGAGAGAAACCCAUUACACCACCCUCCUUGUUGCUACACCGACUGGCCCAUACAUGGGAGAGGAAGACUAAGCAAGCAGCUGAGGCAUUGCUGGAGAAAUAUAGCAUAGUCAUGUUGAUGUCAACUGAAGAGGUCUGGGAUAGAGUGAAGGACAAAUGCCUCAGUCUAAAUCUCAAAACUUCCAGAGUCACAUUUGAGAGCACUAAAAACUCUAUUGUGGUGGUGGGGCAACAGAACGAAGUGAAGAAGCUUCAAGGUGAAAUCCAACUCCUGUUGAACAAAGCGAAAGAAGAACUGGAUAUUGAAAAAAACACUGUGGAAAGGAAAAUCCCUGUAGACAGUAAGGAAGAACUGGAUUUUGUGUGGAACUUGGUGUCAGCAAAUCUGGGAGGAGUUCAACAUCAGAAAGACGGAGUAAACUUGACAUUUAAUCUCAAAGGCCUCAGAGACAAGGUGAAUGAAGCAGAGGGAAUCAUCAAGAACACAAAAGAUAAUUUAUCCAUCCAAACUUUGCAUCUGUCACCCGACCUAGCAAUGUUUUUGCAAUCGCUGGACCUUAAACAAUUUGAGCGCGAUCACUUUACUCACAUUUCUGCUACAGUUUUCUCCUUUGGAGAUUCCAUCCAGAUUCUUGCAGAGAAGCAAGAUGGUGAGAAAGCCAGAGAUAAAAUAAAGCAGAUACUAACAGAAGAUGUCAUCAACCUCACUCCUGAUCAAAGAAAAGUCACCCAGGAAGAACACUGGAGUGUCUUCUACCAUGGUAUAAUGCAAGAGGUAGAAUCCAGCAAUAAUACACGGAACAUCAAGAUCUCACAUUCUGGUGUGCAGAUUUCAGUGUGUGGGUUCCAAAACGUGGUUACAGAUGUUGCUAGGAAACUGAGAGGAAAUCUAAAUAACAAAAUGCCAGUGACGGAAGACAUCCAGCUGAACACACUGAGACAGGUUGAAUACAUUGAUGCUUGCAUGAAACUGUCUGAGGCCCCUGAAUUGAAAGCCCUGGAUGUCACCAUUCUGUCGUCAAGGACACAGGCGUCCCCUUACCUGAAGGUCACCGCUGCCAGUGACAACAUCAAGGAGGCUGUGGCAGCUGUGAAGAGGCAAAUUUCAAACAUUGUGCAUGAGAAACACAUAUACUCCAAUGCUGGGGAGUCAAAAGUGUUGGAGAAACAUCAAGAUGCUCUCAAGGCCAAGGCCAAGGACUUUGCCUGUAAGCUUUAUCUGACUGUUGAGCAAGCCAGUCAGACCAGCCCUCACCUGUCAUGCAUGUUUAAAAUGGGAAACUGCCUGACUUUAACCAUAACCCAGGGUGAACUAUCCCAGCAAUCAGCUGAGGCUAUCAUUUGCCCAUUGAGUGAAAACAUGUCAUUUGAUAAUCCGGUCGCGAAGAAAAUUGUACAGGUUGGGGGGCCUCAGGUAAAAGAUGUUGUUGACAAGCUCUUGACAGAGACCCAUGUUUUGGUUGCUGGGGACAUAGUUGCAGGUAACCCAGGAAAACUUUCUGCCAAGGCCCUCAUCUAUGCUAUAGUACCCACAUGGAAAAAACUCAAAACUGAGUUCAACGGAUUAUUGGAGACAAGGUACUUGGCAUCAGCUGUCCAAAAGAGCCUCCAGAAUGCAGAGAGCAAGCACUGUGUCUCCAUGGUAAUGCCGGCUCUGGGGUGUGGUGCUUUUGGCUUCCCCGUCAGAGGAAGCUGUGAAGUCAUUGAGACGGAAAUUGCAGAGUUCUGUAACAGUCAAUGUGAGACCCCUCCACACCUGAGGGAAAUAUUCAUUGUUGACUCUGAUGCCAAGACUGUAGAGGAAUUUCACACUGUCCUGAAGGAAAAGGUAUGUGGCAUCACUUUGGAUAUUGGUGGCAUUACAGUAAUUCUGAAGAAAGGAGACAUUACCAAAGAAGCUGUGGAUGCCAUUGUGAAUUCCAACAAUAAAAGUCUGAAUCUAGACACUGGUGUCUCUGGGGCCAUUCUGAAAGCAGCAGGACAAUCUGUUCAAGAUGAAUGCACCAAACUGGGUACCCAAAACGAAGAUGGGGUGGUUGUCACAGGAGGAGGGAACUUGAAAUGUAAGCACAUCAUUCAGAUGGUGGGGCCGACCACCACAGCUGGUAUCACCACCUCCACGGAGAGGGUCCUGCAGCUGUGUGAGAGCAAGAACACCACAGCCGUGUCCUUUCCAGCCAUUGGGACGGGAAAAGGCAACAUUAAGCCCGAAGAGUCCAUCAAGGCCAUUGUCAAGGGGCUGCAGAACCAUUUGUCUCAGACCACUUCCACAACCAUCAAAUUCAUUUUCAUAGUAGCCUUUGAGCAGAAGGUUUUUGACUCAUUUUGCCAUUACCUUGAAGAGAGGAACCAGCAGUCUCUUAUUCCAUCCAGGUCAACGCAGCUCCCAGCCAAUCAAGUUAAGAUCCAUGGUAUCAGAACAGUAGUGAAGAAAGGUGACAUCACCACAGAAACUGUCAGAGGGAUCGUCAACACAACCAACAAUGAGCUGAACCUGAAAGCAGGAGUUUCAGGAGCUAUAUUCAGAGCAGCAGGAAGCUUGGUUGAGUGGGAGUGCAAAAAAUUUGGGCCCCAGCAGGAUGAUGGCGUGGUGGUGACGAGUGGCGGGGCGCUACAGUGUGACUUCAUCAUUCACAUGGUGGGACCCCGCUCCUCAGCUGCUGCAACCUCACAGGUGGAGAAGGUUCUGGAACAGUGCGAGAAAAACAACAUAACCACCGUCUCCUUCCCUGCUAUUGGCACAGGUGGGGGAAAGCUGAGUGGUGCAGAUGUCAUUGAUGCCAUGCUUCUAGGAUUCCACAAUCAUUUAUCGCAGCAUAUCUCCACUGUUCUCAAGCUAAUGUACAUUGUUGUCCACGAAGACAAAAUCCUCCAGGACUUUCUGCAGGGGCUGAAGCAGUGGUCAAUACCUGAGCUGGAUUCUUCUGAUGAAGAGAAAGAUGUGGACAAUGACAAGGAGUUGAGUGCUACAUCUGCAUUGGACACUGAGGAUGAGGAUGUGGAUGAAGAUGACAAUGUUCAGACCAGCUCCCAGCUUGAUAUAAUCAUGGGACCAAUAAAAGUCAAAGCCCUCUGUGGUGACAUCACCCAGGAGACGACAGAUGUCAUUGUGAGCAGCACCAACACCAGCCUUGAUUUGAGCUCAGGUGUGUCUGGGGCCAUUCUCAACGCAGCUGGACAAACAGUAUUGGAUGAGUGCAGAGCUCUCGGGACACAACCUAAAGAUGGAGUAGUAAUAACCAAACCUGGCAAUCUGAAAUCCAAGCACAUCGUCCAUAUGGUCGGGCAGACUAAGGAGAGAGACAUCACCAAUUCGAUGUGCAAAGUUUUAGAAACUUGCGACCGCAUCAAAGCCCAGACCGUCGCCUUCCCAGCACUGGGGACAGGAGCUGGAAAUUUGACUGCAUCUCAGGUGGCCAAUGCCAUGACUGAUGCCAUCAGCUACUUUAUAUUGGACAAGCCAAAAUCUUCCAUCACCGCGGUUAACAUCGUCAUAUUCCAGCCAAAGAUGAUAUCUGACUUUGGACAAGUCAUGAAGAAGUUCAAGAGGAUCAGCCCCAUGCCUGGGGUGGCAGUGGAAAUAGCGGCUCAAAAUCCCCCAAGCUCCAGCCUUUCCCAGAAAAACUCCAACAUUCCCAGCCAGAGCCUGGAAAGCAUGAUAGCAGACAUUACCUUCCCUGUGAUGGUGGCUGAAGUUUACGGAGCUUCUGUGGCAAACCUGGCCCAGGUGAAGAAGUGCCUCGAUGACUUGAUUUCAGAGGAGUGCACCAGCCAAGACGUGGUAGACAACUACCUCCACCUCCUUGCAGAAAAGGAUAAGCAAGAUAUUGUUGAAACAAGCCAGAAGCACCAGGUCCACAUCUCCAUGCUGCAAAACAGGCUGACGGUGUCGGGAAAGAGAGAGGAUGUCCUUUUUGUCAUCAUGCAGAUCAAAGACUCCCUGCAAAGAGCCAGAGAGAGGGAAAGCCAGAAGCGGGAGGAGAGAAGGAUAUGGCAGACUGUCCGCUGGGAGGUGGGCAGGUCAAAUGCCUGGAAGGGCCUGAAAAAACAAAUCAACUAUGAACUGGAGCUGGCUUUCCACAGAAAAGUCAAGUUCUACACUUACCAGAACGAAAAGGGGAGGUUCACCGUGGAUUUCGAGAAGAUGGAACAAAGAGACAGCGGAGGGCAGAUUAACAGAAUCAAGAGGACCCCUCUGUCUGACUCUGAAACAGCUAUCAUUACAACACCACCUACAUGGACCAAGAUGGCUGGAAAAGAUCUGGACAUCAUUCUACUCUUAGAAAACUCUGAUGAAUUUCAGAAAAUUUCUGAAGGAUUUGUGCAAUCCUGUCAAGUUUUUGCACAGAACAACAGUAAAAAGAUUGAAGUGGUCCAGAUCCAGAGAAUUCAGCACCAGGAGCAGUGGAGGAAGUAUGCAGUAAGCAAACAGGCAUUGGAUAAAAAAUAUCCAAAAAGUGAUAACGAGCAGUUGCUCUACCAUGGAACAACCAAGGACAUCAGCCAGAAGAUCAACAAGAACGGUUUCAAUCGCAGCUUCUGUGGCAGAAAUGCUACAAUCUAUGGAAGUGGAACUUACUUUGCCAAAGAGGCGUACUACUCGUGCCAUGACCAGUACUCCACCCCCGAUGGGAACGGUCACAAGUACAUCUACAGAGCCCGCGUCCUCACUGGCAAGCCCUGCCUCGGACUGCAGGGCAUGAAGGCGCCGUCUCCUGUGGACCCCAACAAUCUCCAAGCGGGCCUGCAUGACUGUGCGGUGGACAAACUCCAGAACCCCUUCAUCUUUGUCAUUUUCUAUGACUCGGGCGCCUACCCUGAAUACCUCAUCACAUUCAAGACAGUGUGAUGGGGUGGGGGGGCAUCUACUUGGCCACCAAUUAAGAAUCAUUAAAGGCCCACGUGCAUCAGCUUUCUUUUCCUGGUUUUAGUAUUGCAAGGAGCAAUGAC